AUGUCUGCCAGAAAACGCAAGUUUAAUAGUCUCAAACCGCUAGACACCUUGAACAGCCCCCGUGCCAGCUCUCCAAGGCCCUCCGUUUCUUUCCCCCCCAAGAGAUACAGUAUUUUUCGUAAGGACCCGAAAAUAGUCGAUCAUCUUAACAAUGCCUCCACAAAGGAUUUCCUACCAGUUUUGAGUGCGAACAGCGAGAACAGGAAGCAGGUCGAACUGUCCGAUGAUGAUGAUGAUGAUGAUGAUGAUGAAUGUGUCAGCAGCAGAUCUUCUGAUCAAGAGUUUGAAUCUUUGCAAAGCUCCCCUCUGAAAAGACACUCGUCGCUCAAAAGCACUUCCAAUGGCCUUUUGUUUCAGAUGUCGUCCAAUGAUAGUUCGACACCAGCGGAAACAAUGACCCCUUUUUCAAACGGUUCGAUUGUUUCCACGAAACUGAACCUCAACGGCCAAUUUUCUUGUAUCGAUUCGAAAACAUUCCAAAUUUACCGGCAUAAAUCACCAUGCAUAAUGACUUUUGUUUCAGAUCAUAAUCAUCCAAGAUUUUCUUUAUAUUUCCAGCAAUUGCUAAUCCAGAAUUCGCAAAUUAAUUUGCUUGAAGACACCGAGUUGGUAGUUCUGGAUAAAAAAAACUCUUUAAUGGCCAUGGUAUUGAAAGAUUUGAGGAAAUUUUGCAUGAUAUUAGAUGUGAACAAUUCUUCAAUCAACAUUAACACGAAAAUAUUAAUAUGGUCCAACACUAGCUCCGCUUCCAACAAGCGAAUAAAGUCCAUUAAAAAGUUUUUAUUGACGUCAUAUUCUUCCUCCAUAAGCGUUCAAAUCUUGGACAAUAAGGAACAGAUUCUGGAACGACUGGGACAUAUGGCCCAUUCUACUCCCUCAUCCGCACCUCCAUCGAACAUGGAAAGGGCAAUAAACUCCACUAAAAAUGCCUUCGACUCGCUGAGGCUGAAGAAAACCAAACUUUGUAGUAGUGAUGACGACCACCCGCAGAAUCUAACGCGUUUCCUAUCAAAUAAGCCGCAUGGGUUGCAGUCCUUAACAAGACGCACACGCAUUGCAAGCCUUGCCAAAAAGGAACAUUCGAUAUCUAUACCGAAAUCGAAUAUCUCGCCCCUGGAUUUUUACAAUAAUGACUCGACGCAAACUUUGCAAUCCCAUGCAGUUUCUCAAUUAAGACGAUCGAAUAGAUUCAGAGAUGUUUUGCAUUCAAACACAGAAUCUGAUGAUGCUACUGCAGAAUUUGAAACCCCUGAACCAUUUAAACCUUCUCUCUCCUACAAAUUUAAUGACGGAUCAAGUUAUACUAUAACAAGCCAGGAUUUUAAGUGUCUUUUCAAUAAGGACUGGAUCAAUGAUAGUAUUUUGGAUUUUUUCACGAAGUUUUAUAUCGAAUCAUCAAUCGAAAGGUCGAUCAUCAAGCGAGACCAAGUCCAUUUAAUGUCCUCUUUCUUUUACACAAAAUUAAUCAGUAACUCAACAGAUUACUACUCCAACGUUAAGAAAUGGGUCAACAAUACCGAUUUGUUCUCCAAAAAAUAUGUUGUCAUACCAAUUAAUAUAACCUAUCAUUGGUUCAGUUGCAUUAUAACAAAUCUGGAUGCGAUCUUGGAUUUUCAUCAAAACAAAGAUAAAAAUGAAGCCAUUAAUUCUGAUGAAAUUUCAAUCAAUAAUCCCUUGAUUAAUAUUUUAACUUUUGAUUCAUUAAGGCAAACCCAUUCGAGAGAAAUUGAUCCAAUAAAGGAAUUUCUUAUAUCCUAUGCAUCAGAUAAAUAUGCGAUUCUAUUGGAUAAAACUCAAAUCAAGAUGAAAACUUGUCCAGUCCCACAACAACCUAAUAUGAGCGAUUGCGGUGUUCAUGUUAUUUUGAAUAUCAAAAAAUUUUUCGAAAAUCCCUUGGAAACAAUUGAUAUUUGGAAAAAUUCGAAGAUUAAAAAUAAGCAUUUCACCGCAAAAUUAAUCAAUAAAUAUUUUGAUAAAAGUGAAAGAAAUAAUGCAAGAAAGGAUUUAAGACAUACUUUAAAGCUAUUACAACUCAAUUAUAUCGGUUAUUUGAAAAAGGGAAACUUAUAUGAUGAGAUCAUGAAAAAAGAGGAGAAAACCCCCGCGAAUAUUAGCAAUGAUGAAGAUCAUGACGAUGAGGAAAUUCAAAUUAUUGAAAAUAUAGAUCAACAACCCAAUAAUGAUAACAACAAGACACAGCUUACCUCAGAACCCCCCACUUCACUAUCACCGGGCGCUUCAACAGAGCCAGCAGAGGCGGCAGAGCUGGGAAAUGCAAUAGUGCAACAGCCGGAACCGCAAUCCAAUGGUGAAAUAAUGUCCGAUGGUGAAGGUCCAAGCCAAGCCACCGCUCGAGAAACGCCAUCGGUUUCUCCCCCCAUUCGUCAUAAUAUCCUGAAAAGUUCGUCACUUUCAAUACCCGAAAGUGCAAAUGAAACCGAACAAGAAGAGUUCACAUCCCCAUAUUUUGGAGAACCUUCGUUGAAGAAAAGGGCUAAGCAAUUCGAAGGCGUUUCGUCACCAAUAAGGAACGAUCAAGCACAAACGUCCAUCCAUGAUAUAACGAUACCAUCACCUAAACCGAAAAGGAUUUAUCUAAGCAAAAGCAUUCCACCAUCGUCGCCUUUUAUACAGUCUCUCUCGACAGAUUCCAUAAAACGCCCAUGUGAUCCCAACGAUGCCAACAUUAUCAUUUCAGAUACAGAGCAAGAUUUGGAAACAGGGGGAAAUUCCGAGAAUAUCAGUUGUGUUACUAACAAGGACGACUCGGACGUUAAUUUGAUUGGUGGUUUGCCACCAAAUGCCCCAGAAAAAAAUGAUUAUAGCACCCUGGAAGAUAAUGGUAAUAAUGACAGUCUGGGUAAGAUAUUGCAAAAUGUUGAUAAAGAAUUGAAUGAAAAGUUGGUUGACAUUGAUGACGUAGCGUUUACUAGCUCAACUGGUGGAAACGGGGAAGAGUCAAGUCCACAACUCCUCUCGGAUUAUGAGAAUGAGAAUGGUAAGGAGGAAGUGAUGGUUCACGUAGAUGAACAUGACAAUGACGGCAAUAAACGAUCUCAAGAUAAUGUUUGGGAUCGAGGGAGGGAAAGCCUCAUACUCUUGGAGGACGAUGAAUCUUAA